AGGGCGGGGGGGUUGAGUUUGAGGAAGUAGUGAGGAAGGUUGAGGGGAGGGGUACCGUGGGACCCUAGGAAGCUGCGGGAGAAGGACCGGAAGAUAUACCGUCUUCCCGGGAACUGAGAGCCACUGUCCCGGCUUCUGCACCGCUGCAGCCCGAGCCUGCCACACUCGUCCGCGACCUGACGUCGUUGUGGCUUCUCGCCUUCCACCCUUCUCCCCUGGCCGUGGGCUCCUCCCGCCGCCAUGGCAUCUGCCAAUCUCCAGAAAGCAAUAGACCUUGCUAGCAAAGCAGCACAAGAAGAUAAAGCAGGGAACUAUGAAGAAGCCCUCCAUCUAUAUCAAAAUGCUGUACAGUAUUUUAUCCAUGUAGUUAAAUAUGAAGCACAAGGUGACAAAGCAAAGCAAAGUAUCAGGGCAAAGUGUACAGAAUAUCUUGAUAGAGCCGAGAAACUAAAAGAAUACCUGAAGAAGAAAGAGAAAGUCCCCCAGAAGCCAGUGAAAGAGGGACAAUCCAGCCCAACUGAUGAGAAGGGGAAUGACAGUGAUGGGGAUGGAGAAUCAGAUGACCCAGAAAAAAAGAAACUACAGAAUCAACUUCAAGGUGCCAUUGUUAUAGAACGACCAAACGUAAAGUGGAGUGAUGUUGCUGGGCUUGAAGGAGCCAAAGAAGCUCUUAAAGAAGCUGUGAUAUUGCCCAUUAAGUUUCCACAUCUUUUUACAGGUAAAAGAACUCCUUGGAGGGGCAUCCUUCUUUUUGGGCCACCUGGAACAGGGAAAUCCUACUUGGCCAAAGCAGUUGCUACGGAAGCCAACAAUUCAACAUUUUUUUCAAUAUCUUCUUCUGACCUUGUCUCCAAGUGGCUAGGUGAAAGUGAAAAGCUAGUUAAGAAUUUAUUUCAGCUUGCCAGAGAAAACAAGCCUUCUAUCAUCUUCAUUGAUGAAGUUGAUUCUUUGUGUGGCUCUAGAAGUGAAAAUGAAAGUGAAGCUGCCCGGCGAAUUAAAACAGAAUUCCUAGUUCAAAUGCAAGGGGUUGGUGUGGAUAAUGAUGGAAUAUUGGUACUGGGAGCUACAAAUAUACCCUGGGUUCUGGAUUCUGCUAUCAGGCGAAGAUUUGAGAAACGUAUUUAUAUUCCUUUACCUGAAGAUCAUGCCAGAACAGCAAUGUUUAAAUUACAUUUGGGGACUACACACAACAGCCUAUCAGAAGCAGACUUUCGAGAACUGGGGAAAAAGACAGAUGGCUAUUCAGGAGCUGACAUCAGUAUCAUUGUACGAGAUGCACUGAUGCAACCUGUGAGGAAAGUUCAGUCAGCUACUCAUUUCAAAAGAGUUAGAGGUCCUUCACCCACUAAUCCUAAUGUCAUAGUAGAAGAUUUACUUACUCCAUGCUCUCCGGGUGAUCCUGGUGCCAUUGAAAUGACAUGGAUGGAUGUCUCUGGAGAUAAACUUUUGGAGCCAGCUGUUUCCAUGCCUGAUAUGUUACGGUCAUUAGCUAGUACAAAGCCAACUGUUAAUGAGCAUGACUUGCUGAAAUUAAAGAAGUUUACGGAAGAUUUUGGUCAAGAAGGCUAAUCCAAAGACAAACAGGGAAAAAUUGACCAUACUUUUUUUCUUUUAUAGGCAUUCUUGCCUCUUUGGGGAUGGCAUUUAAAUAUCUGUGGACUUUCAAAAAUGUUUUGUUUUUUUAAUCCCUUCUCCACAAGAGAAUGAAGAUCUCUUUUGAAAGUUCCUUUAGCUUUAUGUUCUUUUUCUUCCAAUUUGUAUUAUCUCCUGUUUAACAACAACAACAAAAAAGUAAGAUAUGGUACAUGGGGAAAUUAGUGGCGUACUGAGUGGUAAGUAGCUCUUACAUGAAAAAACAAUGGUGAAUAUUACAUUUUUUUCUAUACCUGCCAUAAAAUACUGUCACAUAGACUUGAAGUUAAAUGAAUUGUGACGUGUUUUGGAGAAGAGAUCUUCUUAAACAUCAUUUUUGUUAUCUAAGUCAAUUGAUUUUCCUACAAAAAUUACUUUAAAAAAUUAAAAUUUUGUGGAAAGAGGUCAUUGUAAAAAGCAAGGAACACUGUAAUCAGGUUUAGAAGAUUUUAAAUUAUGUGAUGACCAGUACUCAUAUUGAACACUGACGGGUUUUGUACUGGUUUUUUCCUCCAUGUUUAUUUAAAUAUUGCCUUAAAAAAAGCAGUAAGCUUUUGUUUUUAACUUUACUAGUUGAUGGGAACCUUUCACUGUGCAAUCUUGGAAAACUUAGAGACUUGACAUCGUCUUACCUGGAGAAGAAACUUCUCUAUCUCAGUGUCCUUUUUUUAUAGCAAGAAUUGACCAAAACAGAUUUUCAAUAUAUUUGUAAUUUUGGAAUGCCAUGUCAUGAAAUACUGUUAUGGAAAGUUUUAAAGUAAUGGAAUGAUCAGGCUUUCAUUUGUGAGUGAUGACAUCCAUAAAUACACAUACACACUGCCUCCAUAUGUGUGUGUUGUAUUUGUAUAUGCACAUAUAAAAAUUAUAUAUACAUAUGUGUAUAAUUUUCUUUCCAGUGAUUAGAGUGGUAGAAUUCUGGUCACUUAGGUUUGUGAGUAAUUUGCCCUAGCCAUACUCCCCAUUUUAUACAUAUCAGUGUGAUAUUUUAUCAAAGUUUUGGAAGUGGGCUGAUGUUAUCAGAUUAUUAAAUACAAAAGUAACAUUUGGUUAUUUCUAAUAACCAUUGAAGUAUGGAUUUUAAAGACCAUAAGAUAAAACACUAGCAUCAGCAUUGAGUGUGCCUUCUAAGUUUCUUUGGCUGUGAUUUUUUUAAAAGAUUGAAUUAUCUAGAAAUUCUACCUUAGAAAUGCUUUAGAACAAUUUAAAAAUAUUUGCACAUUUCAAAUAUGCAUUAUGGUUGUCUUUUGGGUUUUUCUUUUAUGUACAGAUUUUUGUGUGCUUUUUAGAAAUCCUAGAUUUGAUGAAAUGCUGUUCUUACAUGAAGUCAUAUGAUACAUUAUCAGCUGUAUUCUUAAUCUAUUUUGGAGCUUCCAAGAAAAUGAACCCAAUUCCUUUACAAUAAGGAAUUCUAUAAAAAUUAUUCAUUAAAGUGAUGUACAUAUAAACAAUUUAAAAAAAAUUUUUUUUAAUCGUUUCUUUUGUACUGUGAUUGGGAGUUAUCUUAGCAAAUAGACUAAAACUGGGAUGGGGGGAGAGGGGGUAAUUGUGCAUAAGAUACAUACUUUUGAAGCUCACAGUCUCAAAUUAUGGCAUAUUACUACAAUUACAUAGUUAACAGAAAAUUUUUACUGUAAUUAGAAUUUGUGAUAAUUUGCUUUGGACAUGAGUAAAUAGCAGUGCCCCAAAUUGAUACUAUAUAAGUAUACUGACAAAAAUAAGUGUUGGACUUACUAUUGUACUUCUAAGGGCCUUACUUCCAAGCCUGCAUCUGCUUCAUUAUAAAGAUUUAUGAUUCUAACAAUUUAGGAUAGUGUAACUAUUUUGGAAAAAUAGACCAGCAAAUAUGAUAGACCAAACCUCCAUAAUCACAUUUCCAUGACAAAAUUUUAAAUGGGAAUGUGACUUCAUGGACAACCUGAAUGAAUACUUUGCAGAUUGGAAUUUAGCCCAAGUUGCUGUUGAAACAAAACAUGGGGAAAGGCCAUAUUUCAGUAAUAGGCUAUACUGGCCCAGGAGUCAGAUGGACUUGGUUUAUAAUUUCUGCUCUAAUACAAUUUCAGUCUUUUUCCACCUCUGUAAAAUGGAGGGAGUGAAUAAAAAGGUUUCCCAAGGUCCUUUCCAGGUCUAAUUGUCUUUGGACCUGAGAUCUAGUUUCCAUUUAACUACUUUCAGUGAUCCAUUCUUUAUGACCUUGGAUAAGUGAGAUAGGCCUCUUGUAAGGCCUCACUUUUCAUUCUAGUGUUCUCAAAGUAAUUUAUUUUCUUUAAGAAUGUCACUUCACCCUAGCCUUUAGUAAUUAGACUUCUUAAAUGGCAAUUGUAAAGAAAGCCAACCUCCACUUAACUAAAAUACUUGGGUAGCGAGGUAUUGCAGGGAAGAGAGUGCUAAGCCUGAAGUCAGAAAGGUUCUUCUCUGAAUUCCUAUCUGACCUCAAGGACUAAUGGUGACCCUGGGCAAGUCACUUAAUUCUGUUUGCCUCAGUUUCCUAUCUAAAAUGAGCAGGAGAAAGAAAUGGCAGACACUCCAAAUGAGUUCACAAGGAAUCAGACUGAGCAACCAUAAGAUUAAUUAGGAAACUACCAAAUUACGCAAAUUAGAGGAAGAGGGAAAAUUUUCAAUCAGUAGCUUGGAGUUUUUGUUUCCCCUUCAUCAUUUGAUUGUGUCUGCUUUAUCCCCCAAAGCUUUGGAUGCCUUAACAUUCUUGUCUGUCUUGGGCAUGGUUUUUGUUAUUUGCUGUAGGCAUAAAAAUUCUUAGGGCUAGAGGAGAAGGACUAAAGCAACAGGAAAAAACUAGAAUAUGGGCUUUUACCGAGGCAAAUAAGCAUUUGUCAAGAAACUUUGUACUCAUUGAAGUAAUUAUGGAGGACUAGAUGUUUUCUUUGAUUCUCAUGACCUCUCAAAACGCUCCAAAACAAAUUAUGCACCAAAGAUAAAGCACCUAAAGUUGUCCUAGGAUGCUCAGAAUAUAAAAGAUUUGGUUUGGUUUGGUUUUUAAAGCAAACAAACCACAAAUUGAUACUCACGUAUCCUGAACUCAACGUCCUUUUCCUAACUCCCAUGCUGCUAGCAACAAGGCUGUACUAGUAGAACCAAAGAUCUGACACAGGCUUUUAUCAAAACCAGCCCUCCACUCCAAGCCGGGCACUUCCUUCUACAGAAGUUUGCUUUGAGACAAUCAAUGUUCAAUAGUGACAACAACAAAAGCCUGAGCCUGUAAGGGCCACAACAGCCAGUGUGUCAGCCAACCUCCUGGGAGUACCAGUGGCUGCUCUGAACUGCUGGUGCCAGCUUGCUAGGAUACUGAGGAUCGGGGACAGAGGAGCGGGGAUCAUUCUGUGCAUUGAUCCACUGACCCUGACAGAAUGUGCUGAGGCCAUUUUGGUCCACCAGUGUCACUUGGGACAGAAACAGGCCACUGAACUAUAAAUUGCCCAAUGUGAAAAGAGACAUCUUGAGAUUUAAUGUCCAAAGAAUUUCCUGUCAAAGGAGGAAAAGGAAAUUGGAAUAAAAAAGUAAGAGGCUAAAGAGACCAAUUAACUUAAGAUUUCAGGAAGAAAAAAAUCCCAAAAUUUCUUGAACAUAAGCAGAUAAAUCAACAGGAAAAAGACAACAGAAGAACAAUGAAGUCUCUUGCUCAAACUAAGGCUCUCUAAAUAAAUACUGCAAAUAAAGUACCCCAUGGAAUUUGAGGAGAAUAUGGAACCUCGGUUCAGAAGAAAUUAUAAGAGCAGAAUUUAUGGCCUGCAUAACAAAAUAGAAAAAAAAAAAAGAA